AUGGCGCAGCCAAGCCAGGCUCGCCAUGUUUUCCUGCUGCGCCAUGGUGAGGCUGAGCACAAUGUGUCGGAUGAGGACGUGCCAGAUGCGCCCUUGACGGCUCAGGGCCGUGGCCAGGCCAACGCAUGGCAGCACCGGAUGGAGGAGUACGACUUCGAAGUUGUCCUCAUCUCGCCUCUCACUCGGGCCAUUCAGACAGCGUGCUACGCCUUCCAGGAGGAGGAAUGUCCCCUAACUGUUGUCCGCUCAGCGCGGGAGCUUUGGUGGGAUGAUGUGGCCAACCAGCCGGGCACUCUGGAGUCUGUCUCUGAAGUACUGCGGCAGCUGCCGCGCGGGCAGGAGGUACAAGGCCUCAAAGCUGCUUUGGCCAUCAAAGGUCCCAGUACAGAGGCGGAGAGCAUCCGUGAGUUCCGGACGGUGCUUGCGAGUCGACCAGAGAGGACGAUUGCCGUGGUUACGCACUGGGGCGUCAUCAACGCCCUUUGCGGCCAAGGUGCGGACAAUUGCGAGAUGAUGGAGUGCCUGUGCGACGAGAAGGGCAAUGUCACCUUUGUGAGAAAGCACAUCUCUCCGUAUUGGGGCUGCACGGGUGGAGCUCUGGACGUGGCCUGCAGCAUCGGCUAA